ACACCCGGAGCUGGUUGCUUAGUUUGGCUAACUUUUGACCUAUCUUCCAAUCUCCUUCCACCUUCUGGAACUUCUCUUACUUCAGGUAACUCUUGACCUAUGUCCCUCCACCUUCUAUACCUCUGAACCAUUUGACGAGGAAGAGCUAGUAUCAUUUCAUCGUGAAUACUUUGGUGAUCGAUCGUGCAUGCACAUCCAGUUCAUCGUGGAACCCCUCAGGGUCGACUCCUGAUGGGGCCAAUUGAGGAGGCAAACCAGAGAGAAGAUGCUGUGGCAGGGAGGGCCUCACUACUUGCAGAUGCCAAUUUCCCUGCGUCUUCCAUUUGUGCCUGUGGUCCUAAAGAGAUCAGAGCUGAUGGUCUGGGAAUCCCACAACUUUUAGAGGCGAUUUUAAAGUUGUUGCCCUUGGAUACCUACGUCGAUAGACCGGCAGCAGUCAUGGAUCUGGUAGACAGUGACAAACAGAGAUGUUUAGCUGUCCCAGUGUGGAACACUUACGCACAGCUCCUCAGCCGGGCAGGCUCUCAGAGCUCUCUGGAGAAAAUGGAAAGAUUUAAUUUCUACGAACGAGCUAAAAAGGCCUACGCUGUCGUGGCAACAGGGUGUGUAUUUUUUCUGCUUCGACUAAAACGUGGCAGGGGUGUCCAAGUGCUGUCCAGAAGAGAUGGUGUCCUGCAUCUUUUGGAUUUGUUCAAUUCUUUUAAAUCUUCAACAAUUUCAAACUAUUUACAGUUUUUUUUUUUUAAAUUAAAAAUAAUUAUUUUUUUCUGAAACUUUAAAACAUCUUAAACAUGAACAUUUGAAAUAUGUUUUGUGGGAAAACUCAGGGGCUCUAAGAUCCAUUUUUCCUCAUCCCGUUCUUCUUUAUUUAUUUUUAUUUACUUAUUUCAGAUUUUGGCCCUCGACUCCAAAAAUUUUGACGUUUGCACCCAAGUUGUGUUUUUGUUUCUUGUU